GUUACAUACAUUAAUUUAAGUUAACAUUUUAUUCGAUUUCAUCACCUUGCAUGUCUAAAAAAAUAUAAAACAAAGAGGCUUAAGGUAGCCAUGAGUUUUAAUCCGGCGGACUCUGGAGACGGAAUCUUGAUGUAUUGUUCUCAAAAUGACGAAGGCCUCGGAGAUUUUGCAGCACUCGUGAUAAAGGAUAGGCAUGUCGAGUUUCGCUUUGAUAUCGGUUCUGGAAUAGUGACAAUAAAAUCACCUCAUCCCGUUCAACUUGGUGUAUGGGCGCAUGUGACAGUGAAUCGAGAUUUCAAGGAUGCGAAAUUGUCGGUGAAUGGUGAACCAUUUGUGGAGGGCAAGUCACUCGGAGCUGCGAGAACUAUGAAUCUAAAUACACCUCUUUAUAUUGGAGGAGUUGAUCACAGAAGAAUCAUGAUCAAUCGAAACGCCGGUGUUGAUCGUAGUUUCCGUGGAUGCAUAAGCGAACUUGAAAUUUCAUCAGUUAGUUUGGAUAUAAUGAAGUCAUCAAUCGACGCGGCUAAUAUCGAAGAUUGUUCAGAGCCUCAUCCGAAUCAAACAAUAAUUCAUACUAUCACUACUCCAGCAUCCACGCAACCGCCAACAACGUUGUAUUAUCCUUGUUCAUCGAAUCCUUGCAUCCAUGGUCAGUGUCAAAAUUUAAACGAUGAUUAUUCGUGUAUAUGCGAAUACGGAUACGCAGGCAGAAACUGCGAGAAGAUGCAAAAGCAAUGUGAAUUUCUUACCCCAUGUAGAAACGGUGGUACUUGUACAGAUCUUCAUGACUCCUACAAAUGUGAUUGUCGCCUCGGUUAUAAUGGGCAAAAUUGCGAAAAGUUGGCAGAGAUUACGUAUGAUGUUGCCUUCAGAGGAGAUGGCUGGCUGGAACUAGACAGAUCUGUUAUGAUGCACGAAGAAGAACGUGAGGUUUUUGGUCUCGAGAUCAGCACUAAUAAAAGUUACGGAUUGAUCAUGUGGCAUGGUCAAACGCCGAACGAUCUAAUACCCAAUGAUUACAUCGCUGUUGCUGUAGUAGAUGGAUAUGUGGAAUAUCAAUACAACUUGGGCUCUGGUCCCGCUGUAAUUCGCAUCACCGCCCAGCGCGUCGAUGACGGAGAACGGCAUAGGAUAAUCCUGAAACGUCAAAGAAGUGACGGUAGCAUCGAACUGAAUGGAGAACAUACCGAAAGUGGUAUCAGUGACGGACUUCAGCAAAUUCUUGAUGCAAGGGGUAACGUUUACUUGGGUGGUUUACCUGAUUAUGCAAUGACUUACGGUAAAUACCACGAUGGAUUCUCCGGUUGCAUUUACACGCUGGAGGUGCAAGACUCAGGGGCUAUCGACAUCGGCGAGAAGGCCAUCAGGGGAGUAAAUGUCUCACCAUGCACCAGUGAUCGAACUGAUAGACUUCCUACUCGUGGUGACCUCGAAAGAUAUUGAAGAGAAGAAUCGCAUUUGCAUCUAAGAAUCUAUACCGCAAAUUCGUAUCCCUUACGAACGGUUAUAGCGUUGAUGUAAAUGUCGUAUUUAAAGCCAAAUAUGUACGUUAAAUUUUUCAUAUAUAUCUAAUAUUUUGAGAACAUUAGAAAUAUGAAGGAUCAAAAGCAAAUCUGUUAUUACAGCUAAUCAAACGUUGUCGAAAUAUUGUGUAAUAUAUUAAAGACGCAACUUUUCGAUUAAAGCUAUUUGGUUUGAUGAGGAAUUCUGCAUAUAUGCAAAAAUCGAAAAGUAAAACGUAUUUAAAAUGCAUGUACUUUUUUGAUGGUUUAUCAUAAAUGAUCUGAGGUAACAUGUGAAAGAUACGAAAGUAACUUGCUAAACGAGCAACAAACCAAUUUUAUAUCCAUAGAUACAGAGUCUAUCUGCACUAAUAUAUUGCUAUCGAUAUUUUAUAAUAACUAUAACGUUUUAUACCGCUUUAUUUGUACAAAACGAGUAGAUACAAUUCAAUUCGCAACUAACAAAUUAUUAUUUUAAAAGUGACAGAUUUAUGCUCAUCUAGAAUUCUUUAUUUACUAUCAGUUGCAAUGUAAAUACAAGAAGGAUAUAGCAAUUAAGCUUCUCAUGUCUUUCCUGUUUCUCCUCAUUCUGUUUUAUGUAAUCCACCGCUUCGCGGUAUCUUAUUUUUGCGAAUCAGCUGAACGACUUUGAGCAGCUGAUACAGUGAUACGAAAGGAAAAUAUGUUGAUAAUGAUAAAGUACAUUAGUUAUAAUUUUUCACUGCCACGUGCUGAUUUAUUCAUAUUUAUAAUACGAUAAUAAAAUUCUGCGUUAUAUAGGAAAUAAAUCCUAUUAUUCACUAGUGUAUGAGUGUAAUCAAAGCUUU